AUGGCGACGAUGGAGACAGCGACAAAUUCCAUCACAACCUCGCGUCAUUCGAAAGUGUCAAAGUUGUUCUUCGACCUGCCGCCAGAGAUUCGCAACAAAAUCUACUACUACUUGUUCAGAGGCAUUGUAGUGCCCGUCACCGUGAAAAUCAGCCAACGCCCUGAUCUGAUAAAGCCUGGCCGCCAAAGAGACCAGGCCAUGAGUCUGAAUAUGCUUCUUGCGUCAAAGAGCUGUCUUUCUGAAGCUAAGCCCGUAUUAUUCGCGGAAGCCAUGUUCGACAUUGACUACAACAUCGACCGCAGUGAAUGGCCUGGUAAAUGGCGUCGUCGUUCUGAACGCAUUCUGAGAAUCUCUCCCGGCUGUUGCCUCAUGGGAUUCUCUUCGAAUGAUCUCUCCCAAGUUCGACGCAUCAGACACUCUACGGGUUCGCCUUGUUCACGAUGCACUCUGUGCACCCAGCCAUUCAGUAAGGUAUCACAGCUUUCCAGCGUCGAGAUCAUCAUGGAGGAGAUUCGUUACCCAAAUCUCCAUUCCAGCACAAUUGCACUUGUUGAGCAUGACGAUAAGUAUCUCAUACCACUCUUCAAAAAUCGGUUUGGUAAUGCGGAUGGCUGUCUCCACAAGACCAUGUUCCAAUAUAUGCGCCAGAGAGCUACCAGAGGCCAAGCAGCAGAGCUAGUAUUGAAGUUGCCAUUGUACCUCAUGGACGGCCUAAUGUACAUUUGCGUGGAGAUUUUGUCACUAACGACUUGGGUGGAGGCACAGGGCACAAGUGGCGUAAGAAAUACGGGUACCAAGCGAAGUGUACUAGAGCUUGCUUCUCUUUUCGAGUAG